GGCUCCCGGCCCCGCCGUCCCGGCCCCGCCGCCGCCCCCGGAACAGCUCUGCGACGGCGAGCUCAACCCCCGGAUGCGAAAACGGCAAGACCUGUAACCGCGCGAGAUCCGCGCCCUCGCAGGCCCCGCCCCCCGAGCCGGAAGUGAGGCGUUGGCUCCGCCCCUGGGCCCGAUAGCUCGCGAGACUUUGCCGAGGCCUUCCUUUUGCGUCGCGGCCGCCGACAUGCCGUCCAGACUAAGGAAGACCCGGAAACUCCGCGGCCACGUGAGCCACGGCCACGGCCGCAUCGGCAAACACCGGAAGCACCCAGGAGGCCGGGGCAACGCGGGUGGCAUGCAUCACCACAGGAUCAACUUCGACAAAUAUCACCCGGGAUACUUUGGGAAAGUUGGUAUGAGGCAUUACCACUUAAAGAGGAACCAGAGCUUCUGCCCAACUGUCAACCUCGAUAAAUUGUGGACCUUGGUCAGUGAGCAGACACGGAUAAAUGCUGCCAAGAACAAGACCGGAGCUGCUCCUAUCAUUGACGUGGUGCGAUCGGGUUACUACAAAGUUCUGGGGAAGGGAAAGCUCCCAAAGCAGCCUGUCAUCGUGAAGGCCAAAUUUUUCAGCAGACGAGCUGAAGAGAAGAUUAAGGGUGUUGGGGGGGCCUGUGUCCUGGUAGCUUGAAACCACAUGGUGGGAAACUCAUUAAAUGUUGACAAGUGCUUUUC